UUUUUCUUGAUACCAUGUUUUUAUAAUAAUAAAAUGAUUUGACAUGCAAAAUAUCGUUAAAUUUGGUCCAUAAAUAAAAAAGUUAUAAGUUAUAUUCGAAUUACGUUCUAUAAAAGUCAUAUCCGUGGAGGACAGGAGAUACCGAAGAUGACUUAUAUUUUAUAAAAUUUUGUUUUUCUUCUAUGAAUUUUUCUCGAUUUAUAAAAUGAUUUUACAUGCAAAAUAUCGUUAAAUUUGGUCUAUAAAUAAAAAAGUUAUUAGUUAUUAGUUAUAUUUGUUGCGUUUUUUUAUAUAUAAAUCAGAUCCGUGAAGAACAGAAGAUACCUGAUAUGACUUUUAAUUAUUUUAUAUAUUAAUCAUUUUUCAUGAAUUUUUCUCGAUACGAUGUAUUAUAAUAAUAAAAUGAUUUGUCACUGAACAUACUGAAAUAUACUAUAACAAUGACCUUGGAGGUAUCUUAAGGUCCCUUGUGCCUCCCUAGUAGUCCUUUGUGCCUCUUAGCAGUUUUUGUGCCUCUCAGCAGUCCUUAGCGGUCUUGCAACUUGUCAAAAUCACAAAUUCUAUCACCAAAAGUAUAUUUUUUCUUAAGACAUUACUAAACAUUCUAAAAUAUGUUAUAAGAAUGCCCUAGGAUGUAUUUUAACGUCCUUUAUGCCUCCCUAACAGUCCUUAGUGCCUCUCAGUAGUCCUUAGCGACCCUGCAAAUCAUAAAUUCUAUCACCAAAAUUAUAUUUUUUUCUUAAAAUAUUACAUUUUUUAUCACUAAACGUUCUGAAAUAUGUUAUAAGAAUGCCCUAGGAGGUAAGUUAACGUCCUUUGUGUCUCCCUUGCAGUCCUUUGUGCCUCUCGGCAGUCCUUGUGGUCCUGCAACUUAUCAAAAUCAUCAAUUCUAUCCACAAUUUUUUUUCCGUAAAAUGAUACAUUUUUAUCACUAUAGAUACUGAAAUAUACUAUAAGAAUGCCCAAGGAGGUAUUUUCAGGUCCUUUGUGCUUGCCUUCCUAGCAGUCCUUUGUGCCUCUUAGCAGUCCUUAGCGGUCCUGCAACUCAUCGAAAGUAUAAAUUCUAUCACCAAAAUUUGACUUUUUUCUUAAAAUCACAAAAAGGACAAAACUUAGAAUACUGGCCCAUCAUGACAAGGCCCAGUUGUAAGACUUAGGGCAUAAAUUGUAAGUCUGAAAGCUAUAUUGUUGUAGAAAUGUCACAACAAUCCUUUGUACUAGACCUUCAAGUACAUGUAGUUCAUAAAGGGACUUGAAAAUCAAAUUAUCAGAUUAAGAUUGACAUUCAGCACUGUGGUAAUGUUACAUCAGUAAGACAAAGUAAGCAAUGGCUUCAUCUAGCCCAAAACUUUCAGACAAGAAAUACAAUAACUGGGUUAAAGCUCAGUUAGCAGUGUUGUUUACUAAAGAAGGACUUGAACCUUUUGUAUGUCAUGAAGUUCAAGAAUUCCAGUUGAAAUGCUUAGAUGAUAUUUGCUACAACAAUGGAUUGUUUAGUGGAACUCUGUGUUCAAAUUGCUGUACAGAAAAUGUUAUUAAAUGUCCAACAAAUAGAAUAUGCAAUGUUGGACGUGGAAGAUGCAGUUAUCAUCGAAAUGCUGCAACAAGGUAUAAACCUGAUGGCUGCCCUGACAAGAUAUGUCAUAAUUUCACAACUGAGAUACAGAAUGCACAUAGGUACUAUGGUCCAUCGUACAAAAACACGGAUGCUACACAGUGGUGCAGUAAUUCCUGGGAGAUAGCUAAAUGUUUUAUGCCCCCAGAACGAUAUAAAGAUGUAGCUUGUGCACAAGAAACAGACUUCAACGGCAUCAUCAGUGUUAUCCUUUAUUACAAAGACUUUCAGCUGAAAGUACACGAAAACCUAAGCCACAGGAACAACAUUUUUGAGCAGGCAAGAGACCUAAGUAGAAAUUUGAGACAUUCGCCAACUUUAGAGGUAGAGGAUACUGACCUUCAUCAAUACUUUACAGUAUUUCAACAACUUCUUUCUGAUGCUGGAUAUUUAGCUACAGACAUUCACGCACAAAAUGCCAAACAGAAGCUGUUAGAUUUACAAAUGGACACAUUGGGCAUUGAAUAUGUUGAUGUAAAGAAAGUACUAAAUGAUGUUGCAAGAGAAGCUCUUGACACUAUAAAAGUAAUAAAUGGUGGAAAAAGACGUUCUGAGAUUAUGAAUGAUGUACUGAUAAAAGAAGAUCUGAUUAAAAAAAGAAAAGAAGAUCUUCAUUCUCUAGACUCCAAAACUUAUGAAGAAUUAAAAGAAAAGGAAAGAAAAACCGAUAAGAUUUUUAAAAUGAUUAAAACUAACAAAGACGUCGAAGGCAUAGAAAAGGCAAGAAAAAAGAUAUUUCAAGAGUGGCAUCAAAUGAAAUGGGACUUUGAGGAACAAUUAACAAUGCUAAGAAUCAGAGAAGAAAUUGAUAGAGCAGUUGAAUCUAUCAAAAAAUUAGAUAAUCGCAGCAGGUUUUUAAUCAACAUUAUUGCAGAGACUCUAAGAGUACCACUCUAUAUCUUAUUGAGUAAGGUCAACAAGGAGAAACAACACAUUGAUGAUAAACAGAAAUCUUGGGAUAGAUGUAUUGAAAGAGAAAGUGAAUCCGAUGCAAACAUAUUACUGGAAAGGGAGAUUUAUCCGUCUAAAAGUGAACUGAACAAGGCAUGUCACGUAUUUGGAAGGGAUUCAAAAAUCAUUUCACAUGUCUGCUUUACGAUCAGCCAACAUAUAAAGAAGCAAUUUAAGAAUGUUAUCGACGUAUUUCCGUCUUACAAAGAAGACUAUGAAUCUAUUAUUUUUCUAGUUAUUGUAAAAAAGAAAACUACAUUUUCCGAUUUCAAAGAUUAUGAAUACUGUAUAAGAUGUGAAAACGAUGUCAGUACUGAAGGUGACCUUGUUGCUGAAUAUGAAACAAGAGAUGAAACAAUGGGUCAGUUCGAUAAUGAGACCUUUGAAAAGCUUAGAAAUUGCAUAAACGAUAAUGCUAACGACCUUCUCGAAAGACAUAGUAACAUUAAUGUGAUUUUGCCAAGCUUGGUUAAGUCCGUUGGAUACGAGACAGGCCAACAUAACAUCAAGCAAGUACCUUGUAUAGCUUUAUAUGUUACAGUUAAAGGGUGUAUACCUCUAAACGAAACACCUUUUCAAAACAAUAUCAAUGGUUUCCCAAUAGAUGUUUUGGAGGGAAAAUUCGAACCAUUUAUGAAUGGACCAAACGAGUACCAUGAACAUCUAAAGAUUGGUCUAGCAAUACAUGCUAACGUGUUAAACACAGAUGGUGUUUUAGGGGGUACUCUUGGGGGAUUUAUUGACCAUUCAACGCAUGGAUUAUGUGGAAUAACAUGUGCACACGUUGUUUAUAGUGCUGCUGAGCUGAAUAAAGUUAAAGAAAGAAAAGAAAAGAAACACUUUAGUUUGAGAAAGACAGUUUAUCAGCCUAUUGGUAAAAGUUCGUCGGCGUUUGGUGAAGUUGUUCAAGCUGUUUACGACAUCGGAGGUUCUUGUACAUCUGGAAUGGAAGUUGCACUCAUAAGCAUACAAAAAAGACAACCAAAAAGUGGAAGCUUUCCUGAGACAUUUACAGAUUUUGAAGCAGGGUUUGAUGCAAGGAAUCCAUUAUGUUUCAAUUCUGGUGCAGUUUGUGAAACAUCUGAAAUAAAACGUAGGACUGAAGUGUACAAGUUUGGCAUGAUUUCCGGAAUCACAAGAGGAAGCUUUGCCUUACAGGGUGCGGUAGUUCGUAGAAGUCAAAUGCAAGGAGAUUGUCAUGGCUUUCGUUUUAACCUUAUGAAUCAACUGCUAGUUCUUCAGAUAGGAGAGAAACCUUUUGCAGAACACGGAGAUUCUGGCGCAUUGGUAUUGACUGAAGGAGGACAGGACUCAAUUGCUAUUGGUAUUGUUGCAGGAGGAAUGAAUAGUCGUCGCGUGUUUGUCACACCAAUAUGUGAUAUUUUAAGAGCUUUUGGUUGUACGGAAUCAAAAAUGCACCGAUUUAUGCCGAAAUGUACACAACUUUUGCCGGGCGACUAUGGAGAAAAAAUGGAAACAUAAAUAUGUUAAUGCUUUUCUUUUAACUAUACUUCUGAUUUCGCCGUACCUUCUUUCCGACGGCCCAACGUAACUCAAACUUGGAAAAAUAUAUAAAGACGACAUGGUAAAGUUCAAUCAAUAAGGAUGUGUGUGUUUUAUCUUUUUGGAGAUAUGUGUUUUUUUAUAAAUUUAUUUUGCAUAUGUUUUGUUUUAUGUAAAUCUUAAACAAUUAAUGCCAAAUACUUUUAUGUAUAAUUUAUCUAUUAAUGAAAAUUAACUUGUCUUUCUGACCCAAGUUUCUUUUCUUAUUCAUUUCAUUGUGUACUUGUGUAUAUUUUUAUGUCUACAUUAUAUUUUACAUUAAUGUGUGGAGCUUAAAUAAUCUUUAAAAUUGAAUCUACAAAUUUAUAUGCAAAUUUAAUACAUACUGCUUAAAGGAAAAUAUAAAAAAGAUGUUUAUGGUUCAAGCUUACAAUACUUCUUGUAUGAUCAAGGGAGUUUAGGCCCAUAGGAUUAAUAGUCAGAUAUGCCAUCACAUAUCCAUUAAAUAUGUAAUUCUUUAA